AUGGCCAGUCCGUCAGGGCGGUUGCGCAUCGCCUGCUGUCGUCCUGCUGCUGGCAGUCGCUUCUUCUGGCUUUCGGCUCUGCCUCGAAGGUCUCUGUCGACUUCUCCGGCAGCCUCUUACUCUCCUGACAUUUCGAAAUGGAGGCCCAUCUCUGUUCUUGACGAUUGGGUCGCCAAGGAGGCCCGUCCCAUCAGCCUCCGUCAGCUCAUGGUCUUUGGCCGGUCGUUGACCGAGGCCCGGCUGAUCAGCUCGGGCAACUAUGUCCGUACCGAGCUGCCGAUCCGGCUGGCCCACCGCAUCCGCGACAUCCAACAGCUGCCCUAUGCCGUCGUGUCGAACCCACACAUCAGCGCCGUCUACGAGCUGUACUACGACGCCUUUGACCGCCUGCGCCGCCUCAAGGAGAUCCGCUCCCUCGACGACAACGACGCGCUCUGCACGGCCAUCGGCCACACCCUGCAGGCCCACCUGCCCGUCAUCCCCAAGCUGGCCAUGGGCAUCCUCGAGUCGAGCGGCCUGAUGGGGCCCGGCGACCUCGACAAGUUUAUGAACACCAUCCUGCGAUCGCGCAUCUCCCGCCGCGUCAUCGCCGAGCAGCACCUCGCCCUCACCGAGACCUUUGGCGCCUCCUGGUACUCGCCCGGCGCGCCGCUGCCCGAGAAUCACGACUUUAUCGGCGAGGUCUUCCUCAAGUGCGCCGCCCGCGACGUCAUCGAACGCUGUGCCAACGCCGUCUGCGCGCUCGCCCGCAGCGCCUACGGCCCCCAUGUCACGCUGCCGCGCGUCCAGAUCGCCGGCCACCUCGACACCACCUUCCCCUACAUCCUCAGCCACAUCGAGUACAUUGUGGGCGAGCUGCUGCGCAACGCCGUCCAGGCCGUCGUCGAGAAGCAGCUCCGCCUCGGCACCGGCACCCCGCCCCCCAUCGAGGUCACCAUCUGUGAGGCCCAGCAGCACAUCAUCAUCCGCGUCUCCGACCAGGGUGGCGGCGUGUCCCAGGACAUGCUCCCGUACCUCUGGUCCUUUAGCAAGGGCGAGCACUCGCAGCGCCUGCUGGAGAACCUGCAAAAGGUGCCCCGGAUGAGCGCCACGUUGCAGGAGCUACAGACAGACGAUUCGCACCAGCCGCACAAGCACGGCCAUCGCCACAAACACGUCAAUCCCGACUCGGACCAUGGCAGCUCCCUCUCCACCCUCUCUCAGCGCCCUCCAAACCUGCGUCUCGGCAUGGGGCUGCCCUUGAGUCGCGUCUACGCCGAAUACUGGGCUGGCAGCCUCGAGCUUCACAGUCUCGAGGGAUAUGGCGUCGACGUCUUCCUUCAGAUCUCCAAGUUGGGAAACAAGAAUGAGCAGCUGACACGGCGGGCAAGCAUGGAUGCUGUCUAG